CAUAUAACAACCACACGUGCACGCCCGCUUUCAUUCAGUAUUGUGCUGAUGCCGGUCGUUCAGCCGGAGAAGCUGGUCAAACUCCAGCAGCAAUGCGAUGCCAUUCGCAACAUCUGUAUCCUUGCGCACGUGGACCACGGCAAAACGUCUUUGACCGAUGCACUCAUCGCCACAAAUGGCAUUAUCUCCCCCAAGCUGGCCGGCAAGAUCCGCUACCUGGAUUCAAGACCAGAUGAACAGUUGCGCGGUAUCACCAUGGAGUCGUCUGCCAUCUCGCUAUAUUUCUCCCUGCUGCGCCGAAGUGCCCCACAAGCACAACCCGAGCAACGCGAAUAUCUUAUCAACUUGAUUGACUCGCCUGGCCACAUUGACUUCAGCUCGGAAGUCUCCACUGCCUCGAGACUCUGUGAUGGUGCCGUGGUCUUGGUCGAUGCCGUCGAGGGCGUAUGCUCACAGACGGUCACUGUUCUGCGGCAAGUAUGGAACGAAAAGCUCAAGCCCCUUCUUGUCAUCAACAAAAUGGAUCGUCUCGUCACCGAGCUCAAGUUGAGCCCAGCUGAGGCAUAUACUCAUUUGUCCAAGCUGCUCGAGCAGGUGAAUGCUGUCAUGGGCAGCUUCGCCCUUGGCGAGCGUAUGGAAGAUGACUUACGAUGGCGUGAACGCAUCGAUGAAAAGGUAAGCGCUGCCUCAGCUGCCAAGCAUGAAGAAUCCGAUUCCAAGGGCCGCAAAGAAAGCAUCACCCAAGACGAGGAAGGCGUCGUGACCACGGAAUACGAGGAGAAAGACGAUGAAGACAUUUACUUUGAGCCAGAACGAAACAAUGUCAUCUUCAGUUCCGCCAUCGAUGGCUGGGCAUUCACGCCGCGACAGUUCGCCGCUCUGUAUGAGAAGAAGCUUGGGAUCAAGCGCAAUGUCCUCGAGAAAGUUCUUUGGGGUGAUUUCUACUUAGAUCCAAAAACCAAGAGAGUACUUGGCUCAAAGCAUCUGAAGGGUCGCAACUUAAAGCCGAUGUUUGUUCAGCUGGUCCUGGAACAAAUCUGGGCUGUAUACGACGCUACGAUGGGAGGUCCGAACAACAAAGGUGAUCCUGCAUUGAUGGAGAAGAUUACGAAGGGCCUAAAUAUCAAUAUUCCAGCACAUAUUAUGCGAUCACGCGACCCGAAAGCGCUGCUGGCUGCUGUAUUCUCUGCUUGGCUACCGCUAUCGACAGCACUGUUGGUGUCCGUCACCGAGCAGCUCCCUUCACCAAAGACUGCACAGGAGAGUCGAAUGCCAGAUUUGAUCGGAAACUCGCCGGGCGCCGACUACGUCGAUGCGAAGGUCCGGGAUUCCAUGAUACAUGCUGCAUCGACUUUAGACGAGCCUACCGUAGCGUUUGUAAGCAAGAUGGUGUCAAUUCCAGAAAGCGAACUGCCUACCAACCAAAGACGUGGUGGGGCAUUGACGGCAGAGGAAGCUCGUGAACUGGGCCGCAAGAAGCGAGCUGAGCUCGCUCGUGCCCAAGCAUUAUCGAAUGGAGAAGCCAGUGUUGAUUCUGUCUCGGACGCAAUGAGCAAUGCUGCCAUUGGCGACGACCAAGAGCUCGACACCACUGAUGGAGAGCAACAGCAGAAUGCCGACCCAGAACAUUUAAUUGGAUUUGCGCGGCUGUUCUCUGGCACACUCACGGUCGGUGAUGAGGUCUACGUGCUGCCACCAAAAUUUACUCCUGCUCGGCCGAAUGCAAAACCGGAGCCGCGCAAAGUGACGAUUACAGCGCUCUAUCUCCUCAUGGGCCGCAGUCUCGAGUCGCUCAACUCUGUACCAGCUGGUAACAUUGUGGGCAUCGCAGGCCUAGAAGGCGCAAUUCUCAAAUCAGGCACGCUCAGCUCACAAUUGAAUGGCGCUCCAAAUUUGUCCUCUACCAGUGCGAUCUCCACCAACGCGCCCAUCGUUCGAGUUGCCCUCGAGCCAGCCUACCCUGGCGAUCUCGAUAAGAUGGUGCGCGGUCUUCGGCUACUGGAACAGGCCGACCCAGCCGUGUCAUAUGAGCAGCUCGAGAGUGGUGAGCAUGUAAUCCUUACUGCUGGAGAGCUGCAUCUGGAGCGCUGUCUGAAGGAUCUAAGAGAUCGCUUUGCCAGAUGCGAGAUUCAGGCUGGCGAAGCUAUCGUUCCUUACCGCGAAAGCAUUGUAAGAGCAGAAGAAAUGAAUCCACCGCGAGAUCCUGCACUCGGUCGUGGAAUUGUUGAAGCUACCACUUCCAGCAGGCAGGUCAGUAUUCGACUGAGGGUGAGACCGCUUCCUGCUAAAGUGACGGAAUUUCUGGUCAAGCAUACUGGUGCUGUAAAGAGACUCUAUUCGGAGAGACAGGCCCAGGAAGAGGAGCGCACCACGGGUGCAGCAGAAGAUGACCAAUCCGCCGACUCUGCUGAAGAAGAACAUCAUCAUUCCGAGACAGAAGAUAUGUCCGUCGAAGGCGGUCAACAUCUGACCUUGCAAGAGUUCAAGCAGCGCUUAAGCGAUGCAUUCGCAGAAGAAAAGGCUGAUCGUGAGGUCUGGAAAGGUGUUGUCGAGAAGAUUGCUUGUUUCGGCCCUAGAAGGAUUGGACCGAAUAUGCUCAUUGAUGAGACAGAGAGUGGUCUUUGCAACAAAUUCUUGCAAGAAGUACAGCAGGGCGAUGCUGGCAAAGAAACGACGUCUUCAACCGCAACGCUGGCUGACAAGGCCGCAUACGCGUUCCAGCUCAGCACGCACCAAGGUCCUCUUUGUAACGAGCCGAUGCAAGGCGUGGCCGUGUUUCUCGAAAAAUUAUCGACCGAGCUGAGCGAGGACGAGACCAGUGCGAACAUUGGUCGCCUUACUGGCGAAGUGAUCCGCACCGUACGUGAGUCCAUUCGUCAGGGCUUCUUGGACUGGAGUCCCAGGAUCAUGUUGGCCAUGUACAGCUGCGAGAUCCAGGCUUCAGCAGAAGUGCUUGGUCGAGUGUACUCUGUGAUCACAAGAAGAGGUGGGCGCAUCGUGAGCGAGUCACUGCUUGAGCCAUCUACCAACUUCACAGUCCUCAGUCUCCUGCCAGUCGCCAACUCCUUCGGCUUUUCUGACGAAAUUCGCCAGAGAACAUCUGGUUUCGCAGCACCUCAAUUGGUAUUUGAGGGCUAUGAGAUGCUGGACGAAGAUCCCUUUUGGGUACCAUUUACAGAGGAGGAGCUGGAAGACCUGGGCGAGAAAGCUGAUCGCGAGAACGUUGCCAAGAGAUACGUUGACAGGGUCCGGGAUCGCAAAGGUCUCGCUGUGAAGAGAAAAGUAGUGGAAGCCGCCGAGAAGCAGCGCACGCUUAAGAAGUGAAGAGCACAGUCGAUAUAAUAAGUCAAGCUGAGAUGUGGAGUGGAAGGCAUCACCAUGGCUACUCACUACACCACUCACUGCUCUUCGCCUCAGUAUUCUAUCCGACAAAUGCCGAGGCUCAAAAUGAUAUCUUGGCGUCUGACUGCACGCUUCUUCUCGAUGUGAAAUCUACUUUCCUG